AUGUACGUAGCCACGCCCGCUCUCAUUCCUAUCUACCACCCUCGCACCCUUCGCAAGAUCGAGCCCGCCCUCCGUGUGCGGCGCGCCAUCACGGCCAACGAUGCCCUCCUCGUCAAGCGCAUCCUCAAAUCCCACCCGCGCCUCCUCCACAACCCCGAUAGCUCCCCCGAGGGCCUCUCCAACUCGAACCUCCACCUCGCCGCCUCGCUCGGCCACCUUGCCAUUUGCCACGUCCUCGUCGACCUGGGCCACGAGGACCCGGAUCCGGCCCUCAACGAGCACCACCAGACAGCCCUGAUGCUCGCCGCCGCCGCAGGCCACACCGAAGUCGUCCACUUCCUCUGCGAGCGCAACCCCGACGUCAUCCUCCGCCGCGACGUGCGCUGGCGCGACGCCAUCAUGGAGGCCAGCCGCGGCGGCCACGACACGGUCCUGCAGAUCCUGCUGACCUACGUGCCCCACGGCGCCCAGGAGGCCGUCCAGCGCGCCGACCUCGACGGCAACACGGCCUUGCACUUCGCCAGCAGCAACGGCAACCUGCUCGUCCUCCGCACCCUUCUCGCCGCCGGCGCCGACGCAACCCGCCGCAACGUCUGGAGCUGGACCGCCAUGUCCUACAGCGCCACCGUCCAGGCCGAGGUCUACCUCAAGGGCCUCGUCACCGAGGUCGAGAGGCGCAAGACGGUGAGACACGAGGUCGAGCAGCUCAAGAACACGGUCAAGGGUGCCGCCGCAAAGGCCGGCAGCGUGCGGGUUGUUGAAGAGGACAUUGACGUCGACGAUUGA